AUGCGCCUCAUAGGUCUCACAGGCUCAAUAGCCACCGGGAAAUCCACCUGCUCAUCCCUCCUCUCCUCCCCGCCACACAAUCUCCCCAUCAUCGAUGCCGACCUGCUGGCGCGCAAAGCAGUUGAACCGGGAACAUGGGCAUACAGCCGCAUCGUGUCGACUUUCGGUCCAACAACUCCUGAUCUCCUCCUCCCACCCUCCGACCCUGCCUGCGAAGGUCUCUCGGACGGUCCUACAGGCAGAGGCCGCCCACUGAACAGACCAGCUCUCGGCCGCCGCGUCUUCGGUACGAGCGAGGAAAAAGCCGUGGAUAGGAAGAAAUUGAAUAUGCGGUUCUACAUGCUACGCGAAAUUCUGUGGUACUACGUCAUGGGACACUGGGCCGUGGUCCUCGAUGUACCACUCCUGUUCGAGAGCGGGCUGGAUAUGUUCGUGAGCACGGUCGUGGUCGUCGCGGUUUCGGAACCAACCAUCCAAAUGCAGAGACUACUCGAUCGUGACGUGCAUCUAAGUGAGGAGGACGCGAAGAACCGGGUGGCUAGUCAGACGGAUGUGAGGGAGAAGGCGAAACGGGCUGAGGAUAGGAAUAGACGAGGGAAGGGGAGGGGAUAUGUGCUGUAUAACGAUACGGAUAAGGAGGAUUUGAGGCUGCAGAUUGAUGAUGUUAUGAGGCAGAUACGUGCUGAUAGUCCGAGGUGGUGGAGUUUGGCGUUGCUUGUGUGUCCGCCGUUGAUGGUCGCUGUGGCGAGUCUGGAGGUGUUGAGGGGGUGGAGCAUACAGAAGGAGCAGGCGAGAGAGCUUGGGAGAGAUUUGCCUAAGGCGAAGUUAUGA